AUGCAACCAGCCGAUCGUAUUGAUUACACAAACUCCGUCUUGUGUCUCGGUCUUGUUUUUGGACAAGGAUUCCUCUGUGAGGCGCAGCGCGGGCUUACUGGGCAAAACUUAGGACCCAUAUCAACUACACCCUUCAUGUCCACUAUAGUGGACUCUUUCUGCCUUGGCAUCGUCAUUUCCUCCAUUUGUGGGAAAUGGCCAUUCGAAAAGAAUGUGGAUAUUCCGGCUACCUCCCGUGAGUCCCUUACGCAACGGUUGUGUGCUAAUGCUGACCCGUUCCCGCAUAUCAGGUACUGGAAUUGGGCGUUGUGGGCAGAUGAUCUUGCUUCCAGUCCCCUUUUUGACUGCUCCGACACGUCCCUCUCGGGCGACGGGGAAUACAAUUCCGACGAACAGCCGUCCGAAGUCCCACCGGGCUGGGUGACUGUUCCGCGCGGCACUGGUGGAGGCUGUACGCGAUGUGGUCCCUUCAAAGACAUGGAGAUCCAUCUAGGCCCUUUUUCGCACGAUUUCGAUGCUCCGGGACCGCCGCCACCGCCGCAAUUCGAGUAUAAUCCGCGCUGUCUGAACCGAAGUCUGAAUACUUAUGUCUCCUCCACGUACACCAAUGCCACCGUGAUUGAGGAUCUCAUAAUGACCGACUCCAUCGCUGAUUUCCAGCUCGUCCUGGACCACAAUCCGUUCGUCAUGAAUGGGUCUCUGGGCAUCCACGGCGGCGGGCAUUGGAGUCUGGGAGCAACACAUUCAGAUCUCUUCGCCUCCCCGCAAGACCCGGCUUUCAUGCUCCAUCACUCCAUGAUUGACCGACUCUGGGCUGAGUGGCAAGCCAUGGAUGAACCUAAUCGGCGAUACGCUCUCAAUGGUACAGACGGGUUCCUGAAUCCGCCGACCUCGACAGUCGUCACACCAGACACCAUGAUGGAGUUUGGAGUUCUCGAUCGGCCGCGACCGAUCCGUGAGGUCAUGGACCCGAAAGGCCACCAGUAUUGCUACAUGUAUACCUAA